UCAGACCUGCAGAAUGGACUUCACUGAGGCGUACUCUAAUACUUGUUCAGCUGCUGGAUAUGCUGUAAAAAAAGGAAAUGUAGAACUUUUGAAAACCUUGAUUCAAAAAGGUUAUAGUCUUGACAUUGCUGACAACCGUGGUUGGUGUCCAAUCCAUGAAGCUGCAACUCACAAAUCUUUGAGAUGUUUGAGACUCUUAAUACAUGCAGCUUCUUCUGCUCAGUGCAUAGAUUUAAAGACUUUUGAAGGUGAAACAGCUUUACAUCUUGCUGCAAAAUGUAGCCAUUUAAAAAUUGUUCAGAUUCUGCUAAAGGCUGGGGCAAAUCCGAAUGCCAUCACAAAUGAAAACGUAACACCGCUUUUUUUAGCAACCGAGAAAGGUGACAUUGCUGUUGCAAAGACACUUUUAAAGCAUGGAGCAAGAAUUAAUGGACCACAUUCUGCAUGUUUAUGGAGUGUUCUGCAUCAGGCUGCUUAUCAGGAACACUUAGAAAUACUGAAGCUCUUGCUUGAAAAAGGUGCUGAUAAAGAAGCCAGGGAUGAUUAUGGAAUUACACCGUUGUUUCUUGCUGCUCAGUAUGGAAAACAGGAAAGUCUAAGUGUUCUCCUGCAACAUGGGAGUGAUGUUAAUUGCCAGGCCUUUGAUAAGGCCACACCUUUGUUCAUAGCAGCUCAGGAAGGCCACGUAGAAUGUGUUGAACUGCUGUUGUCAAAUAGUGCUGAUGCAAACCUUUAUUGUAGUGAAGACGAUUGGCAGUUGCCAAUUCAUGCUGCUGCCCAGAUGGGGAAGGUCAAAGUGUUGGAAUUCUUGAUACCAAUCACAGAUCGAAUAUGUGAUACAGGGAGGAAUAAAGUGAGCCCAGUCUAUUCAGCAGUGUAUGGAGGACAGCAAAAGUGCUUAAAAAUGUUAUUACAGGCAGGUUACAGUCCCAAUGCCCAGGAGUGCCCAUUGUAUGACUGCCUAUCGCCAUUGUGCAUGGCUUUUUCUCGGAGGUUUUUUGCAAUUGUUUACAUCCUUCUUCAAGCUGGAGCUGUUGUAACAGGUCUUCAUUAUUGUUAUUGCCUGCAAUAUCAGUGCUUCCAUUUGCUGCAGUUUCUUCUGGCACAGGGUUACACUUUACCAUCAGGCAGUCAUUUGGCUGAUGUUGUAAAGUAUGGAUUAUUAUCAGAACAUCAGUACAAGCAGUGGUUGCCUCACCUAUUACUAGCUGGAUUGAAUCCUGUUGAUUUGCUUAGUGAAACAUGGUUAAAUACUGCCAGUGAUAACAUGCUUAACUUUACACUUGAAUUUACAAACUGGAAGAGGCUUCCAUCAAUUGUGGAGCAGAUUCUUUUCUGUCGCAGAGCAAACUCUACUUGGGUUCAUCAGAAAUAUUUUGAUGACAUUCCUUCGUUGACCCACCUCUGUCGUUUAAAAAUUCGAUCAACUCUAAAAAGUGAAUUUCUUCGUUCUGAUAAAUUUAUUCGUCAAUUACCACUCCCUGUCUGUCUGCAUGAUUUUCUCCUUUAUAAAGAAAUAUUGAAAUUAUAUGGCGUUCCAGAAAUUUCAGAGAGUCAAGAAGAAAUCCAAAGAGAACAUGGUUACAUUUAAUAUUCAUACGACUGAUCAUAGAAAACAUCUGAUGUGUGAGAG